AUGAGCGACGCUCUCUGCGGCCCGUCGAAUGCCCUGCAGAACUUCAAGAACCAUGCGUCGGUCGAUCGCACUCUCCAACAAGACCGCCUAGCUGCUCGGCACUCGCCUGCCCAGCAAAUCCGUCACUACGGAAUGCUAAUGGUCGACCAGCAGGGCUUCCGAUCACAGAACCCCCGAGAAGGAAUUCUCGACCCCGAAUUCGCUGCAUUUGAAGCCAACCUCGCGGGUCCAGCGGUUCCCGAACUCCAGCACCCCGCUCACUUUGGCCCGCCGGCUGCCCAGCUUCCCGCGCCUCACCACCCGGGAAACGCCGAUUGGGCAUCGGACUUUCAGAACCUGCAGAUUUCGGGCCCUGCGCAUCAUGCGCCACAACUGCAGCAUAUGUCACCCUCCCCUGCGAUCGCGGGAGGGUGGCAGAAUGAGUUUAUGCGCCAGCAGCAGCAUCAGCCGCCGGCACAUGCCCAGCAAGCUCCGGGAAUGAAUCGGGCCUUCCAACCAGCUUUUGCACCCAGCUAUCAGAUGCAAAGUACAUCCAUGAUGCAGCACCAACAACAACCACAGGAACACCAUGCGCCAGCCGAGAAAUUCGACGAGUCUGCUUUUGAAGCUGCAUUUGAACAAGCACGAGCGGAUAUGGAUAUGGAGCUACAAACGAACGCAACCGAGACCGUACAAGACUCGAUUCACGAGACCGAUGCACAAACCGCCGAUUCCGUUGUCCACGAAGAAAUCCGCAUCGGAUCCGACACCAUCCCCCAGGCCGACAAGGGGCGAAGCGCCGACGAACUCGCGCGAACGGCCGGAGAGCUCCUCGACCGCGUCCAACACGACCAAUCUCAGAAAUUCCAACAAAGCAACUUCCUUGCGCUGAUGCGCCGCAUCCGAGACCGCGAGGUGCAGGUAGAAGGAGACGAGUUUCGCGAAGUCAGUACCAACCCGUAA